CUCAUUUUGAUUUUAAAACGAUUUUUGUUUCUGUUUUAUUUCACGUGGGAUAAUUUGUUUUUCUGUUGUUUCGGAUCACUGAUUGGGUCUGAAGCUUCAUGUAGAUCUGGGUCUUAUCUCUCUUUUUCUGCAGGGAGUGCCGAAUGUUUGUAUCUUUCCUUCAUUUUUCAUUCUGUGAUUUAUCCUACUAAACAGUUUGGAAAAUGGGGAAUAAAAUCUGUUUCUAUUUUCAUGGGACCUGUGUUUAAUUUUCAAAGUCAAGCCCGGUUUCCAUGUUACAAAACAGAAAAUAGUUUUUUUUCCUUGAAACAUGAUAAAGGUUCGAGGUUAUAGUUGUCUGCUAGCCCACCCAAUCAUUGCUAGCUAUUAUUAUUCUGUUGACGACAUGAUGGGUUUCGAAAAAUCGGUUGCAUUUUAGUUUUAGUGCGGCAUUUUAUAGGAUGCUUAAAGGGGUUAACAUUGUAGUUUGUUGGUGGCCAAUGGUGGCUCAAGUGUAACGUGGCACUGUGGAGUAAAAGAGAGGAAAGGUCUAAAACAAAUUUGAAAAAGUUGGGAGAUGGGCUUCUUAGUUAUAUUUUUCUAAUUAUUUUGGUGCAGUGUUCAAGUUGUUUUAGAUUUGUUUUGUUUUGAACUUGGUAGGUGGUAGUGGAGUUAGUUUACUUGGAGUUUCUUUGAAGGGAUUAUGUGCGGUUUGUUUGUUGAGUUUUUUGUUGAAUGCUGAUCCCAGGUGGUCAUCUAAUAUUCCUAUUGCAGGAAGUGUGGGUCAGGGGCUUUGAAGGAGAGGUUCUUUAGUUUAACUUCAACUCACACCUGAUCUUAGAGUAUGCAGACACCAAAAGCAAGAGCUGGUUCUUCAGAAGUGCCAAGGAAAUGUCCAGCGUCUCCUCAGACUGCUCGGAAAAUGAAGACGCCAGGCUCUGACACUGACUCAGUCUCAUCAUCUCCAAAACCAGCUAGUAAGACACCAAAAAACAAAAGUCCAAAGGUCACAGAGCGCAAGUCACCACGAAGUCCAGUAUCCGAGAAGAAGAAACCGAGUAGGGUCCAAGAAUUGGAAUCUCAGCUUACUCAACUUGAAGAAGAUCUAAGGAGAACUAAGGACCAACUUAACUCCUCAGAGUCAUGGAAGAAGAGAGCUCAGCAGGAGGCUGAAGAAGCAAAGAAGCAGCUUCUGGCCAUGUCAAAAGAGCUUGACGAAUCCCAGCAACAGCUUCUGGAAUUAUCUGCUUCUGAAGAGGAACGGCUUCAAGAACUCCGCAAGAUUUCUCAAGAUCGAGACCGAGAAUGGCAAUCUGAACUAGAGGCUGUCCAGAAGCAGCACUCAAUGGAUUCAACUGCUCUGGUGUCUGCCAUGAAUGAAAUCCAGAAACUGAAAAUUCAACUUGAAAGAGUGCGUGAAUCUGAAGCUGUUCAUAUUAGCAAUGCUGAGUCAGAUAAUGCUGAGAUUGAAGACUUGAAGAUGGAGCUUGAUGAAGCCCUCACUCUAGUGGAAAAGCUGAAAAACGAGUUGAGUGAUUGCAAGGAAUCUGAAUCCCGGGCUUUGGAAGUAGUUGGCAAAACUCAAAUGCAAUUAGAAUCAGCAAACAAAACCGUGGAAACAGUCCAGUUAGAAGGUGUUAAAACAUUAGAAGCUUAUAAAUCCUUAGCUUUAGAGUUGGAACAAUCGAGAGUGCAAGUGAAAUCAUUGGAAGAACUUGUCAGCAAACUUCAGACUGAUUUGGUUGCUCCUGCAAAUAAAAAUACGUCAGAUCCAGUCAAUGAAGUAGAACACGAACUAGCACACAACAAUGCAGAGGAUAUAAGCCAGCUCAAAGCUGAGCUUGUUUCAGCCAAAUCUGAGGCAGCACAGUUAAAAUCUGCACUCGAUGUUUCUGAGAUACGGUACCAGGAAGAGUAUAUUCGGAGCACGUUGCAGAUUAGAAGUGCUUUUGAACAACUGGAGCAUGUAAAAUCAGAAUCUUCUCAGAGACAAAUUGCGCUAAAUGAGGAAUUGAAGAAAGCUAAAGCUGAUAUUGAAGAGUUAAGGGAAAGGCUGAUGGACAAGGAAUCUCAGUUGCAGGGUUUGUCUGUGGAUAAUGAGAUGCUCCUGUCAAGGAUUAAGCAAAGCCAGCCUAGUGAAACGGAAUCUGAAGCUGUGGUGGAGCUCAAAAAAUUGGAUGCUGAUGUGAUUGAGUUGAAGGGAAGAUUGUUGGAGAGAGAGACGGAAGUGCAAAAUGUAACUGAGGAAAACAAUGCAUUGAAGAUGGAAGUAAAGAGGGUGGAAUUGGAGAAGAGUAAAAUCCCUGAAGAGGUUGUUGCUUCUGCUGAAGCAGCAAGGGCUGCAGAGCGUGAGGCUUUGAUGAAACUUGACCACAUAACUGAAGAAGCUGAUAAGAGUAACAAAAGAGUAACACAGGUAACUGAGCAGUUAGAUGCUGCGCAGGCUGCAAAUUCUGAGUUAGAAGCUGAACUUAGGAGGUUGAAAGUUCAGUCAGAGCAGUGGAGAAAAGCUGCUGAAGCAGCUGCUGCUAUGAUUUCUGCUGGGAACAAUGGAAAGUUUGUGGAGAGAACUGGCUCACUUGACAGUAGCUACAAUACUAUUAGUGCCAAGAUGAGUUCUCCUUAUUCAGAAGACACAGACGAUGAUUCCCCCAAGAAGAAAAAUACCAACAUGCUGAAGAAGAUUGGAGUAUUGUGGAAGAAGAAUCAUUAAUGUAUAUGCUGGUAUUCUGUGGUAUGUUCACCAUUAAGCAAUCCUUGGGGGACAUUUUCCGUAAGAUAUAGUGACACUAUUUUGAGGUUAACAAGUUUUGGAGUAAUAUUUUGAAGUUGCUAUUAAGUUGCUGAAAUUUAGAGGCUCCAAUUACUUGCUGCUUGCUAUGGCUUUGUAAUUGUGCAGUGAGUGUUCAUAAUAUAGACCAGGUCUUACGUGUACUUGUUCUUUCUACCAAUUUUCAUGUUAUCACAUUCCUAGACCUAGUAAGUAUUAGUGUAACAAACCCUACUCUAGGGUGAAAGUUGUUUCGAUCUUGUUAUCUGAUACCUGUUAUUUCAAUAUUGUUGGUGGCAUCUUGCAACAAAGUAUUCAUUCAUCA